CGGCUUGCUUAUUAUUUGUGGAAGAACACUGCCCUCUGCUGGACGUUUUUCUCAACUGUAGGCAAUUGUUGCCGAACAAGCUCAAAAUCAACCAGCAAGACUGAUGUAGACUAACAAUGGAGCUGGCUAAAGACAUCAAAGACUCUCUCCAGAGGUGUGGAAUAAGGAGGGACAUGGAUGUAAGCCAGCUCAACUUUGCCAAAAAAAAUCUCUGCUGUGUUCCUGACCUACUCAGAUUUCGCUUUCUGAGGAAACUGUGGCUCAACAAUAACAAGAUCAGAGAGCUCAGCUGUCAUUCCCUAAACUGCUGCUUGACUGAACUUUACCUUCAAAAUAACAACAUCAAGUCUGUGACAGGUGCCCUAAAUCAUCUGACUUGCCUUCAGCUCCUGUUUCUCCACAACAACCAGAUCAGAGGUCUGGAGGACACAGUGCGUGAGCUCAGGAGGAUGCAGCAACUUCGAAACGCCACUUUUUUCCUGAAUCCUGCAUCUCAUGAGCCUGGGUAUCGUGACUAUGUUAUCCACUGUUUGCCUUCCAUUGAGGUCUUGGACAGAAAAGAAGUGAAGCCAGCAGAGAGGAGGAGAUCUCUCCAUAUUUACAACCAGGAUCAUCUCCGUGUCCUCCAGUCUGUGGCUUUUGGCAGACAUAUUACAUAGCCCACAAAGGGAGAGAAGAUCUGAACCUGAUACAUUUUAUUGCAGAUAGAUUCUGUCCAAAGUGUGUUGCAGGGAAUCAUAAGUAUGGCUAACUAAACUAAUCAAGUAAAAUAUCUCAGGAGACAAAAAGAACCAAAAGUGACUCCCAAAGCAAUAUAAACGAGAUGCGUGCA